ACGCAGGUCUGGAUAAAGCGCAGCUUGGCACCCCACAGCCUGUUCGCAUUCAUCCAGCCCGCUGUACAUUUGUUUUUUUAACGAUAAGACAUUAAGGCAACGAUAAUAAUAGUCAAAGCAAACACAGAGGAUUCAUAUUUCUUAUCAACAGAAACCUGGGUUUUUGUUUUCUACGCAGGCUCAUAUUCGACUGACCAUCUUUUAACCGCGAUCCCACAGUGUGGGAAUGGGAAAUGAUGGAGGAUAAAGGGCCUCGUGUAGCCGACUACUUUGUGGUUGCCGGCUUCACCGACUCGUCCAAGCCUCUGGAGGAGGAGCUCCACUUUGAUGAUGCCGGUCCCAAGUCCGUGAAACCAAAAGCCCCCAUCACCGACGUAGCUGUGGUGAUCCGCUCCCUGGGUGAAGAGGUGCCUCCGGGUUUCACCUGUGUUGAAAGCACCCCCUCAGGCCUCUCUGCAGAGCUCAAUGCAGCCAGCCUCAGGGGCCCUCAGAUAUUCCUGUGCUUCAAACGAGGCAGAGAUAAGCCCCCACUGACAGAUCUUGGGAUUCUGUAUGAGUGGAAAGAGAAACUGAAACCUGGAUGUCACAUCGUCCAGACCACGCCCUCAGGUCGCCCUGCAAACAUCAGCAGCUCCUCGUCACAACGCAUCUACAUCACCUACCGCCGCGCACCAAAGAGCCAGCCCCACACUUCACUGGCCGUCACUGAUGUCUGCAUCAUCAUCCCCGGCAAGGGGGAGACACCCCCUCACACCUUCUGCAAGGUGGACAAGAACCUCAACAGCAGCAUGUGGGGAUCCUCAGUCUACCUUUGUUACAAGAAGUCUCUGGCUAAAGCGAACACAAUCGCAUACAAAGCAGGUCUGCUGUGUAGGUACCCCGAAGAGGACUACGAGUCCUUCCCCCUGCCUGAGUCUGUGCCUAUGUUCUGCCUGCCCAUGGGGGCAACGGUCGAGUGUUGGCCAGCACACACAAAACACUCCCUGCCUGUUUUUUCCACAUUUGUACUGACGGGUGCCUCUGGAGAAAAGGUGUACGGAGCGGCCAUCCAGUUCUAUGAGCUUUACUCAGAGGAGAAUCUGUCUGAGCGUCAGCGCUCACAGCUCAGCCUGCCAAGCUCUGAUCUGGUGUCUGAUGGGAGCAGGAGUGUUUACAGCAACAAGAGCAUCUGUCUGCUCUCCCACUGGCCCUUCUUCCAGUCCUUCAGGAGCUUUCUCACUUUCCUCUACAGAUACUCCAUCUCUGGGCCACAUGCCCUGCCUAUUGAAAAGCACAUCUCUCACUUCAUGCAAAAUGUGCCAUUCCCCUCCACUCAGAGACCACGCAUUCUAGUGCAGCUCUCUCCACAUGACAGCCUAAUGCUGAGCCAACCUGUGUCCUCUCCACUGCCUCUCAGUGGGGGCAGCCUGUCCACAUUACUGCUGAAUCUGGGCCCGAAGAACGCAGCCACUCUGCUGGUGCUGGCCGUCACGGAGCACAAGAUCCUGGUUCACUCCCUGCGUCCAGCGGUGCUCACAAGUGUAACCGAGGCCCUGGUGUCUAUGAUCUUCCCCUUCCACUGGCCAUGCCCUUACAUCCCUCUGUGCCCGCUGGCUCUGGCCGGUGUGCUAAGUGCUCCUUGCCCUUUCAUCGUGGGUGUGGACUCCCGUUAUUUUGACCUUUAUGUGCCCCCAUCUGACAUCAGCUGCGUCGAUCUGGACACCAACACAAUCUCCCAAAAAGACGACAAGAAGGCUUUAACGUGGAAAAUCUUGCCAAGGAGAGCCUGUAAACAUCUUCUGAAUACCCUGAAUACGAUCUAUCAGCAGCUCACGGAGGGUGGUCAGCUGAACCGUGAAGAUGUUCAGAUGGAAAACACAGUGACUGACAGUGAGCUCAACGGUGGGAAGAGCCUCCACACUCUGGAGCUGGAGAUCCAGGAGGCCUUCCUGCGCUUCAUGGCGGCCAUCCUGCGAGGCUACCGCUCCUACCUGCUGCCCAUCACGCAAGCCCCCUCUGAAAAGACCACCGAUGCCAGCUCCCUCUUCGACAUACAAGGUUUUCUCAAGAGCAGAGACCGCUCACACCAAAGGUUUUACUCCCUCAUGACAAAGACUCAAAUGUUCAGCCGUUUCAUAGAGGAGUGCUCCUUCGUCAGUGAUAAAGAUGCCAGCCUGGCUUUCUUUGAUGAGUGUGUUGAUAAGCUAUACACCACUGGAUGCAAGAUGGACAGUGAGCGACCAGAGGAAACCAGACUGAUCGAGCUAGAUGAAUCCCACCGCAGCGAGCACACGGUCUACGUCAACCCUCCAGAGCUGCCUCCACUACCAAAGGGAGAGGAGCAUCCUCUGUGCUAUAGCUACUCUGGAUUCCCUGUGCUGAAUGCAGAGCUACUGGAGCCGCUGGACGGACCAAAUCCUCAUUCAGCAGGCAUGACGUCACGUCACAGCAGCCCAGCCAGCCCCACGGCCAUCUUCAGGCGCUCUAAACAGGAGAUCAAAUCAGCUCAAAGGAUGGCCAAAACCUAUUCGUCAAUGCCUCAGAUGUGGUCCAAGUGUCUGCUGCGCCACUGCUAUGGCCUCUGGUUCAUCUGCCUCCCAGGCUUUGUUGACACCUGUCACUCAAAGGUGCGGGCUCUGCGAACAGCUUACGACGUGCUGAGGAAAAUGCAGGACAAGAAGCUGCAGGCUCCAGAUGAGGUGUGUUACCGUGUGUUGCUGCAGCUGUGUGGGCAGUACAGCCAGCCUGUCCUCGCUGUCAAGGUUUUGUUUGAGAUGAAGAAAGCUGGAGUUCAACCCAACGCCAUCACCUAUGGGUACUACAACAAGGCGGUGUUGGAGAGCACGUGGCCCUCCACCACCAGAGGAGGACACUUUCUGUGGGGAAAGCUGAGGAACGUGGUCCUAGGUGUGUUCCAGUUCAAGAGAGCGGGGAAAAAACAACAGACACCACAAAGAGAUCCUCAGCUCUCAGACGGCAGUGAUCUUGACACAGUCAGUCAUGGCAGUUUGGACAGUGCUAAUGACUCUGCUGAGCGCACAUCCAUCGACACAGACUUCACUAAAAUGGACUCCAGUGAUGAUGGAUUUAGUACAGGUGGUCAGUCAGACCAAGGCUACGAUUCAUUAUCCAAAGAGGAGGAGAGGAUAUGCACCAGAGAUAGUGACAACACACCACCGGUGGAAGACAAAAGUCCGAGGCAGUCCACACCUGAGAUUGAGGUUGCAGUCAGCAGCAUCUCUCCUUCUACCAGAAACUGCAAGUCAACAGAUAUCAGAGCAGUCAAUGGCUUCAUGAGGGUUCCCAGUCCAUCUUGUAACAGCAGUCUUUGUGGAGUUCUCCCAAAGAAAGAGAGGCCCAAAUCUUUGGAUUUGUCAGAUGGACAAGGAAGUCUACGGCUUACCGUCCCUCAACUAGGGUCAACAAAGCAGCAUCACCUAGCUGCUGACAGACUGCACGGAGUAGAAGAAGAAGAGGCAGAGACUGAUAAUCAAAAAACUAUGGUGGAGAGAAGUGUCAGCUGCAGCGGUACAGCAGAGAGACCAGGAGUCUCCAUAGAGAGGAGUGUCAGUUGCAGUGCUGGAACAGUGAGCAGAACAGGAAUCGAGAAGGGGUUUGACCCUCUGUCACUGAUGUCGUCAGAUGCAGCAGAGUGCGAUCAGGAGAACGGCGACACACCCACGGCCCGACGCGACCUCGCAGAGGAGAUUGAGAUGUACAUGAAUAAUGGCAACAGCCCCCUGAGCAGCCGCACACCCAGCAUGGACCUGCAGAACCCCUCAAGCCCUUUGUUUCACCCCACCUCGUCGCCUCACACCUCCCCUCGAACCUCCGCCCUGCUGCGCUCCAACACGCACCUCCCACUGCCUGUGAGGUCCAAAGAGCGGCUGAGGACGUCACCGUCUCUUCCCCUGGGUAUUUGUACCAAAGACAGGGAGAGGCCUUCCUCCUUGGUUUCACCCUCCUCACCUACCCCCUCCUCCUCAUCAUCAUUCUCCAUGGACUCUCUUUUUACCCCAACUCUUGACAUCUUCAAGAGCAGCAUGUUAUCAGCAGGGAAGGGCGUGGCUGAGAAGGCCAGUCGCCUCUACUCCCGUCUGUCCUCUCAGACUUCAUUGACACAGGAUGCAAACAGUGACCGGAUAAGUGUGUCCUCACUGACGUCAGGAGAGGCGGACUGCUCCUCACUGCUUGAUCAUGACUCCUGUCUGGACCCGGAUGGCUUUACCUCCCCCCAGCACGGCAGCGUAUCCCGUCUGAGGAGAAGCCCAGUUGUAGGUCAUACCAACCUAGGCAGCCCCAGCACCCCUGACAGAGUGUUCAGGCACAACUCCUUCUCAGGUGGUUUGGCACUUCCAUCUAAAACUCCUCACACUCCAGAUUCCUCCCCCGACACCAGAUGCUUCCAACCCACUCCCAAUUACACCAUAGAGGUGCUGAUGUCCAGCUGUUCACUUUGUAAGACGUGUGACUGUCUGGUGUACGACGAGGAAAUCAUGGCCGGCUGGACAGCAAACGACUCAAACCUGAACAGCACCUGUCCUUUCUGCGGCACAGCCUUCCUGCCUUUCCUCAAUGUGGAAAUCAAAGACCUGAGACCACAGAGCAGGUCUUCUAAGGAGAGUAACCUUGUUACAGAGGAGGACACGUCAGCGACUCUCAAUCCUGAGACCAAAAAGUCCUCUACAGACGAUGAAGCUCAGUCCUCUGCAGGUCCCAUUCAGAAGCAGGGGAACAGCGAGUGGGCAGGGUCGGCACCGGUGACGGUGCCCUACCUGAGCCCUCUGGUUCUGUGGAAGGAGCUGGAGAGCCUGCUGGUAAAUGAGGGUGACCAAGCCAUCUCCUCCCCGAGUGUCGUCGACCAUCACCCCAUCGUCUUCUGGAACCUGGUGUGGUACUUCAGGAGGCUAGAGCUGCCCAGUAACCUGCCAGCUCUAAUCCUCGCCUCCCAGCACUGUAGCCACGGAGAACAGAGCGUUUCAUACGAGGACAGUAAGCAGGUGCUUGUGAGGAUAAUGUGGGACAACCUGAAGUUGCACAAAGACAGAGUCCUACCCUGCUAUGUCCUGUGGAACUCGCAUUGUGCAAACUCCCUGGUUCGCUCUGGGCUGUGUGAAGAAGGGCAGCUCUUCUCUGUGGAGCUCCUGCAGAGUUUUGUGAGGAGCAUCAAGAAGAGUGAUGUCUAUCAGCCCAUGAGCCAGAUCAUUCAGCUGCUGGGGCCAGAGCUGGGCUUUAAAAGACAGAGGAGCCUGUACCGAGAUUUACUGUUCCUCGCUCUGGUGGCUUUGGGAAAGAACAACAUUAAUAUCAUUGCUUUUGACCGGGAGUACAAGUUGGCAUAUGAUCGCCUCACCCCCAACCAGGUAAAACUGACACACAACUGUGACCGUCCCCCGGGAGCUGGAGUCAUGGAGUGCAGGAAGACUUUUGGGGAGCCCAGUCUGUAAAAUACUUCUCUUGUCCCAAUAUUUUUUCCUCUACCCAUGGUCACUACUGUUUUAUUUAGGACUGCUCCUCAGACUCAGGAUCGGCUCACCUGACUAAGCACAAUAGGAAAAUGACACUUAAUGUAGAGCAACUGCCACGAGUUUAUACUGUUAGAGCUGAGAGACGUAGAGGGACGGCCUUGUGUUUGUAAAUAUUUUAAGAAUCCACUGUAUUUUCAUUGUAACUAUGGUGAGAUGUUUGUACAGUUAUUAUACAAUCUAUUUUAUGACUUUGUUUCUGUUAAAGCUGUGAGUAAGUAUGUAAAAGUAAGUGUCACAUUGAAAUUCAUAAGUGGUCCUGGUGACCUUGUUAAGACAGUUGUUGUUGUGUGCGUGCGUGUGCGUGCGUGUGUGUGUAAUAAGUACUUGCUUUGAGUCAUUUGUGUUUUACAAAGCACUUUGACAAGAUGAGCCCUUGUCAUUCAUUCCCAUUACGUAACGCUGUGACCCAGCAGCCUACGCUUAAGUGAAUUUUUAUUUGACAGUUGCGCGACUCACUGCACUGUUUAACAUUUCCACUGUAUGCAGUUAAUGAAGGCAAAGCAAUGCCUCCUAAUUUUCACCCUGUACAGAUAGCAGGGCCAUGCUCAUAUUCCUGAAUACACUAAACUAGAUGGUAACAAAAAAUACAAAACAUUAUCAUUUCUAAAAACAAGGGAGUACCUAAUUAUUGUAUAUGCACAAUGUUUGUUCAUGUAUCCUUUUUUGUAAAAUGUACCAAAAUAACCCAACAGGGAAAAAUCCUUUUUGAUUAAUUAACAUUUUAUAAGCAAUACUUUUUUAAAUGCAAUGAGUUAUGUGAUUAUGGGACCACCGAGGAUAUAUUUCCUUAAACCGAGUACAAUCAAACUAAUAGUAGAUGAAUAAAAACAGAACAUAUUGUUUUCUGUUGGUUAAAUCAACACAAUGUUUUUGAUAGAGAAAAUAAUUUAUUGACACAGUAAUGGAUCUUUAAAAACAUAUUGGAUUCUUGUAUUUUGCAUAUAUCCUUUUGGUCUUUACUGUAUUGUGUAUAUGUCAGUUUUACAUAUUUGGACAAAAGUGCACUGUUUAAUGUGACAUACAGAACAAAAAAAGGACAUUUUAAAUCUCUUUGAACAGACGAUGGUGCACGUUUCUUUGCACUGAGAACAUUAAAAGAUGUUAACGUCUGGACGACAGCUCUGCCCUGCCCUAAAUCAAAAUCAUUUCGGAAAAUGUGUGUGAUUGUUCACUGUCUUUCACUUUUAACUGACAAAAACCUGCCUAGAUACCACAGCUUAUUACUGGACUCACCACAAUAACUUAUGGUGAAACGAUGCUGGAUUAAACAUGGCUGUGUGUUUGCAAUCAACACCAACAUCACAACAUGGACUGUACAUUUCCAUUUUAAUCACCUUAUAAUUUGUGACAAAAAAACAAACACUGAUGACCAAAACAUCAUUUGAUGUGUACAUGUUGUUUACACUAUUUUUCAACAAUGUGAAUGACGUAUUAUUUAUCAUUUGUAACAGAUAAUAAUUUGUAUGAUUUUUAUAUAAAAAAGAAAUCAAAUUUCUUCCCUGGCUGGAUCUAUAGUUUGCUUUCAUUCAUAAAUAAACACGUUUAUUCUA